AAAGACCCAUGUGACCUAGACGCUUUGUCUUUCUCUUCACCAUCACUCUUUAGUGAAACCACCCUUGUAAUAAGCAAACAACAACAAAAGCAUCUAAAAGAGAAAGAUCAAUUUAAAGAAAGGAAAUACUCUUUAAAGUCAAAGUGACUUUUUCAGAAUACCCUCUUUGCAGAAAUCCAAUAUUGGAGUCUUGCUAGUUUUUAUAUAGCUUCCACACAUAUACACACACGCACUGUACCUACCAAUAUAUAUAUAUAUAUAUAUAUAGAGAGAGAGAGAGAGAGAGAGAGAGAGAAAGGAGAGGAUCAAGAGCGUGCGCGAGUAGAUAUGGGUAGACAACCUUGUUGUGAGAAGAUGGAGGUGAAGAAAGGACCAUGGACUCCGGAAGAGGACAUAAUCUUAGUCUCUUAUAUCCAACAACAUGGCCCUGGAAGCUGGAGAUGUGUUCCUAGAAAUACCGGUUUGCUAAGGUGUAGCAAGAGUUGUAGACUUCGAUGGACUAAUUACCUUCGUCCCGGGAUCAAACGAGGAAAUUUCACUGAACAUGAAGAUAAAACUAUCAUCCACCUCCAAGCUCUUUUGGGUAACAGAUGGGCAGCCAUAGCAUCAUAUUUACCUCAGAGGACCGACAACGAUAUCAAGAACUAUUGGAACACUCAUCUCAAAAAGAAACUCAAUCUUCAGCGUCAAAAUGGUAACUCCAACGACGACGACACCAAUAUGACAGAGAUGUCGUCUUGUGAUAACAACAACAACACCAACAGGAGAAGCGUCAACAAAGGCCAAUGGGAGAAAAAACUUCAAACAGACAUCAACAUGGCCAAACAAGCCUUGUUCCAAGCCUUAUCACUUGACCAAGCAUCUUCAUCGAUCACUCCUGAUCCCGACUCACCAAAGCCUCAUGAUCAUCAUUCUACCACCGCUAUUUAUGCCUCAAGCACAGAUAACAUCUCUAAGUUACUACAGAACUGGACAAGCUCGUCCUCUUUAAUGCCUAACACUUCAUCACUCUCCAACAACCGGAGCUCGAGCACCGGUGAAGGAGGAGUUCUUGAUCAUCAGUGCUCUUUGUUCUCACCGAAUUCAGAAUCUGGAUCAGUUGAUGAGAGGUUGAAUAUAAUGACAGAGACAAAUAUAUUCAAAGGUGAGAGUAAAUCAAACGUUGACAGGGAAGCAACUAAUAAUGUUACUACUGAUGAUCCUGCAGGCUCGUUGUCUUUAAUCGAGCAAUGGUUAUAUGAUGAUCAAGGCUUGGUUGAUCAGUGUGAUGACGUACAAGAAGAUUUAAUUGAUGUGUCUUUAGAGGGUAAAAAUAAUGGCAACAACGGUCAAGAUUUGUCCUAAGAAAAAACUGUGGAGCAACUCUAAACGUAUACCAACUACCAAGGGUAGGUAGUGUUGUGAUCUUAGUGGCAUUCAUAAUAAGGUUGCGCUCUGCACCCAAAGUCAAUUAUCGUUUAAUACGUACUUAUAAAUUAGACUAGUAGAACAUGAUUACAUUAAAUGUUGUUUUCUGUUUUAAAUAAUCCUUAGUUAUCUAUCUAUAUAUUAUAACUAACCUUGUCAUUUGUCAAUGUCACACAAUUUCGAUAAGUUA